AGUGUGGCCUCCAAGCAACCGUAAACUUCCGCUUGAACUUGCACGCGACGGUGGGUUAUGAGGGUGUGAAUGGGGCUUGUGGUAUCUGGGCUACCGACAAGACGAUCGUGAAGAAAAUGUCGACCCGGGUUAUCAAGCGCACACGCGAUCCGCUAGAAACACUUGAACGGAUGCUUCAGAAGACUACAUUAACAACUCAGAGACUUACGCACAGUAAUAUAAUAGAGAUCGGCAGCAAGCUCUUGUCGCACACGACCCACGAUGAUGUGGACGACCGCGAGAAAGCCAUUCGCGAGGCGGUGGAGGAAGCGGAGUCUCGUGCAGCACGUGUUCUGCGCGCGGCCCUGAGUCAGCUACGUCACGAAAAGGACCAGGAGCGGCAACGUUCCCUGGAGAAACAGAAGCUGUACUAUGAGAAGCUGGCCGAGAGAGUUGCCGAGGUACGGAACGAGGCAGAGGAGGAAAGAGCGAAGGAGUUGGUGAAAAAGCUUCACAAAGAGCAGGAGGCGGCCCUGAGAGAGCAGUGGGAGCACUGUCAGGAGCUGCAGCGGGAGGCCGUGGAAGCUGCGCGCGCAGCUGUCCGGAAACAGAUCCGCGAGGAGCUGGCCAUGGAGAAAGAGCGCGCCAUCGCCGAAGCGUUAAGAAUCGCCAGGGAAGGAUUCAAGAAAAGAGAACAGGAAGUGAUCAGUAAAACAAAAUACGAGUGUGAAGAGUUGGCAAGAGUGGAAGCCGAGAGGGUCGCAAAAGUGCAUCAAGCAGAGGUAGACCGUCUCAGUCACAGGUAUGAGGUUUUGAAUAAGAAGUACCAGAAAGAGCUAAGCCACAAGCAGCGGGUGGAGGAAGAUUUCAUGGCUCUCCAGGACGACUACAGACGCUUUAUGGACUACACUGAUGGACGGUACCACUCGGACUACAUGAUGAGACUACGCCACCUCGGUCUGCGACUGGCCGCCAGAUCCAUCAGCACCGUCACCUACGAGGACCUUGAGGAGCUGUCGUCGACAGGCUCACAGACACACUAGCGUGGAUGAAGUCACGUGACAUGCGAGAAACUUCUUGACUGUCAGCACCACACGACAGACCCUAUGAAGACAUUUGCCCCGCAUACACAUUGUAAAUAUGUGUCUAUAUUUGGCAAAACUUUUAGGUGAAGAUAUUUUAUAACUGGUCGCUCAUUGUCGAGUAUGUGACAACAGUUGGCAAUCCUCAUUUAACACCCACUAUGAAAAACUUUGCCACAUAUAGUCACAUAUUGGAGAAUGCGUUAGGUUAAGAAGCCUGCUGUUAUAUACAAAUAGUUCCCAUAGUCAUACAUUUGACAAUUUGUCCGAUUAAGAAGGGCUCAGAAGAAGAGAUUUCCGGGAAAUGCAAGAUGGAGGUACAUGAACAUAGUGUGCAUGCAAUCGAACAAAUCGUGGUCGUCGCUCACAUCAGCCAACUGAGUUACUUGAGGAAUUCACUCUUUUUUUCCGUAAUUCUGUCUACUAGACGGGCAUUUCCCGCAGGUACACGGAUCCCCCUCUGUAACCAAAGCAGUGAAGUGGUGGACGAUAUCGUUGCAAGGCACACGGAAAAAAGUCGUUAAUGGACUGCCCAUAGUUGUUAGAUAAUAAAGUGUCAUCAACGUCCAGCCCUUGAAAACGCACUAAUUGACGAGGUAUAUAUUGCACAAGAAAGCGUAGUAUUCUGUAGAUUAUGUCCAGCACUUGCUGUAGCAUUAUUUUUAUUGAAUUAUGUUGUGUAGAUAGUUCAAUACAAUAUGAGAAAGGCAAGAUAGUGUCGCAAUCUGACAGCAUUAUUGUUUACUGUUACAAUCGAGAGCUCGAAACUCCAGCGUUGGCGACGCCUAGCGUACUUGUCCUUUGCUGAACAUCAAAGAAAUUUUGAUUAAGUUUGAUGGACUGGCUGCACCUGUUAAUUGGGCUGAAAUUCAUGUUCAGCGUCCAACCCUGUUAGGUCCAGCAGACACAGGGGAAGCUAUUUUGGCAUUUCCAGCCAUUUUUUUUUCUUUCAUUCUUCUAGAGGAAUGAGUCGCUGAAAAGAGUGGAAUAAUAUAUCGUGGAAGGCUGUAAAUUAAUGAACAAAAAUCAGCUUAUAACGAUAUGGAUGUCUUUCCUAGUGGAUAAGAUUUUGUUUAAGGUUGUAAAAGGCAUAACAGCCAACAGAAAACAAAUAUAAAAAAUACACAUCGUGUUUCCUGUAAGUACAGGUAAUUAUCCGUGAUGUUUAUAACCUGAUUUUUUUAAAACCUUGUUCCUUUGCUUGUUAUCAGUAUAUUACAAAGUCAUCAUUAUCAGCAUUAUCCUGUUCACUUUAUCCAGUGGACUUUAGCAAGGCUGGGUCAGUUUCUGGUUCACAUUUAAGAUGAAACAAUUUCUUGCUCAUCUGGUACGCGAGUAAAAAAAGAGGUUACAAGAUUUUAACAAGCAAGUUCACAGAUAACAGACACAUAAUUGAGGGCAAUUACUUAAAGUGUAGAUUUUCGCCCCAGCCGAUGUUUAUGCAACUGCCAUAGAAGACGCGGGAACGAGGCUCAAAUGUGUGCGCACACACACACAGGUUACUGACGUAGGUCUUACUCAUGAGGUAUCCCCGAAAUAUAACCAGUAUUGCACUUUGUUCGAAAAUGUUUUCAUAUCUUAAGAUACCGAUCAUGCUAGAAGCUGCAUUCUAAUAAUAAUGGGGUUCCUGGAUGUUGGAAAGAGCGCAGCUGCAGGCCUCAGUGGAUUUAAAUGGAUCACUGGCAUGCGCAAGUCUGCGAGUUCCCCCCUCUUGUGUACAUAGAAAAGUCACUGGGUGCAUGUAGCACAGUGACUGCUGUUAGUAUUUACACCUACCGUCAUCCUUAUCUUUAGAUAUAGUUGGGCACUAAUUUACAACAGCCAGAAUAUUAUUUACGGUCAGUAAACCGAUUGGUGUAGUCCAAGCUCCAGCAGAACCAUUUUAACGCUUUUCUAGUCCUCGAUCAUGCUUUAAAGCCGAAAGUAGCAUUCCAUUGUUAUAUAUUUUUAUGCAUUUAUUCAUUUUACAUAUAAAUGCAUGCUGCAUGUAAUCUAUUAAAUAAAGUUAUACAUUCAAA